AUGAAACUUAUUUGGAAAGGAAUGCAUUUAGAAUAUUUAGAUCCAAAAACAAAAUCAUGUGAACAAGAAAUACAACGAAAUGUUCAGCUACAAAGUGUUACUAACCAAUUACCUGAUGCAUUCACAGAUACUAAGAAAGUUACAAAAUCACAUAUACCAGUAGCAAAUACUCCUGCUCGAAUAGAAAUUCCUGAUGAAAAGGAAAAAAGUGAUGAAAUUGUUGUGCAAAGAAAGCGUGGAAGACCAUUUGGUUCAAAAGAUUUAAAAUCAAGAAAAUUGAAAAAACAAGAAAGUGCACCAAAUGAUACUCAAAUUGAAAAAAAAGACCUGAUUGGCCAAGAUGGAAAGAAGCAAUUGAGGCAGAGUUAA